UUCGCCCAUCCGACAGCGAAGAGUGGAGAAACGAAAGCGCGCAACAGGGAACUCGUCAGGAGAACGUCCUCUUUAUAAAACGAAACACGGGAUAAAAUCGAUCGGAAAUCAACCCCCUUUCAACAUUAUCGUGAACGUUCACACGAGUAUCGUCAAAUUUCUAACAUUUGCCGAUGUGUUCCUGUGUAUGGUGUCGAACUCCGCAUCGUCGUCUCCGUCAAAGGGUUAGUUAGGCCUAAUGGCGCGACCUUGGAUGCUGAUGCCAUAUUCCAACCCGUACUUGGUCAGUCAGUUAAGCCUAACACCUGAUGCAUAUCUUCCGCGGGACCCCGGAAGUGAUUGUUGUGUAUGUGAGAAAUUGUAUUUAUCGAAGAGUGAUUGAUGCAGCUAAUAGAAGUGGAUUCAUCAUUGACAUGUGAGGAAGGGCUGUCUAACUGUCGGUUCACAAACGUCCAUAAAAGUAUUCUCGACGACCAAAAACUGUCAGAUUUAUGUAAUCGAAACGGAGUGGACCCAACAGUAAGCCUAAUGUGCGGUGCAGUGAUGGAAUUUACUAUUUAUAAAAACGCAGUAAAGGUGAAAAGACAGGAUGACACCAAUUUGGAGAUGCCAUUUAUACCUGAUGAUUCACUCUGGUGUCAAGAUGCCUCAGGGAAAAUAGUGGAUUUAUCAUGGCUGGAUAGUGGACCCAACGUUGUGGUCGAACAACAGUCAGACGUUUUAGUUGAAUUAACACACAGAGAUCUUCAUGGUCUUGUACCAGAAGCUGAUGAAGAAGAAGAAAUUCUUCAGCAGCUAUCUGUUCCAGAUUUUGAAUUAGAUAGUAUUUUCACAAAUUCCGAAGAGAAGUUAGAAGAAAAUUGUUUAUUCAAUCAAACACCCUGUUAUAAAACGAAUAAUGAAGAUCAAGAAUAUAGGACAGAAAAAGGUAUUAAAGAAGAACCAAGUGUAUCAGACUGUAUGUAUAGUAAUGGGUCACACUUAUUAACAUCUGGUAGUGUAAAUGAAAAUCAUUCAACCCAAAACUUACUUCCUGCAUUAACUUCCUGUCAUGCAUCCAUCACUGUGUCUAGCCCAAUCACUUCAUCUUGUGCUCUAUCAUCUGAUACCCAAUUAUCAUUAAAUGUUGACGGAAGAGGGGACGCACGAAUAGAAUCUCGAGAGAGAAGCCGACACAUCCCUUCGGGACUUCAAGCCAGCAGGGAUUCGAAAACGCUUCUUCAAAACAUUCUUCAGGAAGUACCCCAUCAUCUGCAAUAUUCUUUACACUCGAUCACCACACCGCCCGUUUCCUAUAGCGGAAGCAGCACCGGUUCUCUACCCCCCAGUCCGGCCGACAGCGGAGUGUCCGACGUCGACAGCAGCAGCGGACACGUCAGUAACGACGAAUCUCGUUCCAGAUUGCAAACGACGCCUGGGCCUCCUCCUCCUACCCCCGAAUCGCCCAGCCCCACCGGUCUGUCGUAUCCGUCGUACUGUCUGCAUCCUUCCCUGCAAACUCAGUACCCCCACAAUAACGGAUGGCAUGCAGACAUCCACCACAUGUACGGAGCCAAGAACCAUUUUCGGCCGGGCCAACUUCCCUACCUGGUGUCGUCCAAAUCGCAGAACGGCAUGGGUCCCUCCCAGCACCACCAUCCCUCCGUUCAGUCGCCUCCUCCUCCGCAUCACCUGGUCUCUCACCUGCCCCCUCCGUCCUCCAGACCUCAGUAUCCGGGCGGACAGACGGCCGGACUUUCGCCUCAGCACUCCAAAAACUACCCGGGACUGCUCCCUCUGGCCCUCGCUCACUCUCCCUCCUCCCCCUUUUCGGUGUCUCCGGGGUUGCAGUCUCCGUCGUCCAUCCCCACGUCGGUCAUCACGGCCGCGCACGGUCUGGGCCCCGACGACUGCGAGGACGAUCUGUCCUGUUACGCCGAAGACUUGUCCUUUCAGUCCAGAGCCAAGAAGAAAGGGAGAAAACCCAGAAUCUCGGACGGAGGUACGCCGACGGCGGUGAAGAGGAAGAGCAGAGAAGGUACCACGACUUACCUGUGGGAAUUUCUUCUGAAACUGCUACAAGACAAGGAGUACUGUCCGCGCUACAUCAAGUGGACCCACAGGGAGAAGGGUAUCUUCAAGCUGGUCGACUCCAAAGCCGUCUCGCGCCUGUGGGGUCUUCACAAGAACAAACCGGACAUGAACUACGAAACGAUGGGAAGAGCACUCAGGUACUACUAUCAGAGGGGCAUCCUGGCCAAGGUGGACGGACAGAGGUUGGUGUACCAGUUCGUGGACGUGCCGAAAGACAUCGUGGAAAUAGACUGCACGGGAACAUGAUAUCCACUUUUCCCCGCCAUCCGAAAAGGGGACGGAGUGCGAGAUCUCGAAAUGGUCGGAAGGAAGAAGAAGAAACAGAUGGCCCGUUCUAUAUUUUUUAUAUAUUUACAUAAAGGACUAGUUUGUUAAAAAAAAAAAAGUAAUCCACUUAAUUCGCGUUCCGACCGGACGGAGCGCCCAGCGUAUUAUAUCGAAGAUAUUUAUUUUUUCACGUACUAAAAACACGUUGUUGACUCUCUCUCAUAUUCUCUCUCGAUGCGAGAACUUUCGAAUCGACGACGACAGAGAAGAAAGAAAGAAAAACUUCCAAGUUCUGUCUUCUAGAAAGCACCCCGCAGAGACUCGGAAGUCUCUGCUCCGCCGUGUGGUACUUUCGCAGCCUUGCAUUUGUGUGAUAUGUAUCAAUAUUUUUGUCGGUAAAAGGACUAAAAAAAAUCUCCGAAAAGUGAUCUUUUCGAUGCCUUAAAAGCACAAUUUCCGGUCGAAGGAAACCGGUUAUUUAAGACGUUUUUUCUUCUUUUUUUUUUAAUUGUUCGAAGAAACAAAGUAGCCCUCGGUUUCCGCUAGACGGCGUUACAAAAAAAAAUUCAAAAAGAAAAAAAUGGUAGUGACGAGGGAGGUGUUUGAUAUUUAUCGGUCUGUGAUCACGAAAGCAAAUUGUUGACUCGUAUUUACCGGAGACCGCGUUCCUAGUUGGGUCUCGAACUUAAGACACUACUAAAAACAUCGGUAAUUCCGCAGGUACCUGAUGCGCGCGCGCGUGGUCGCAGCGCGCGGGUCGUGUUUCUUUUUUUGGAUCUCAAAUUUUGGGAGCAUUUAGGGCUUAGUACCGAAAAUCGUUUUAACACUUAUAGAAAAUCUUAUAUAUUAAAACGUUUGAAAAGAGAAAUUUACCGUUUCGGAAAUAUUUUUAUUGUAAAUAGGACUAACCGGCUCCGGGCGCGCGCUGGCGCGUCGAGGCGGGAAGGGGAGAAAAAUAAAUGUAUAUUUGUAAUACACUAGCUACUGUAUAUUGCAGAGGAAAAAAAAAAAUAUUAAAUAAAACUGUGGAUGUUGGAAUUUAUAUCGAUACGUGUUGCGUCGAUAUCGUUUUUUUGCACGUUACGUCGAACUAUUUUAUUACGUCAGAGAAUAUAUCCUGGCCGUUUGUGUUUUGGUAUAACCUGUACACAAUAAAUAAAUAAAAGAAAAUAAAAACUGUCGGUGAGAAUCGUCGCACUACUGGCGAGACCACGAAACGGUUAGUGCUUUUUCUUUUUUAUGUUGUUCUUUAUUUACUGUAUGCAGUUGUUGUGAAAAACUCUAAAAAAUCAUGCUUGUAAAUAUUCCAAAUAAUAAAAAAUGGUCAUCUAUUA